AACUAGCGUGUUGUGUCACUCAGAGACACCGGUUGAGGUGAUUUGUUCAUUGCUACUCAAAACCACCGCAAGUCUAAAGAGGAGAACCCCUCCAUUCAAACGACUUGAGCGGGGCUCCUGUCUGUCAGCGUAAAGAGCCUCCGUCUCCCCCUCAGACUGUCUGGAGCUCUCGCCCUGUCCUCGUCCAGCUUCAUCCGGCUCCUCUUUGGACCUUUCGCCCCUCCAUAAGGACCGUGGCAGAGUGUGGAGGACCAGUGGCCAGCGGGGCUCCAUGAGUGUGACGGGGCAGCAGCAAGGGGGGGGCCUGCGCUCUCGCCGGGGGCCCGUGCGGGAAAAGGACCCCGCCGGGCAGGGCUUGAGCAUGGAGGCGAGCUGCUGGCUGGCCCCUGGAGUGCUGCGCCGGCUGAUUGAGCUGCCCUCGCCCCCCCUCUCAAGACACCAGCUCAAAAGGCUAGAGGAGCACAGGUACAGUAGUGCAGGACGCUCGCUGCUAGAGCCUCUGAUGCAGCGUUACUGGGAGUGGUUGGUGGCUCGUGUUCCUUCCUGGAUUGCUCCCAACCUGAUCACCAUUAUUGGCCUGGCUACCAACAUCUUCACCACACUGGUGCUGGUCUACUACUGCCCCACUGCCACCGAACAGGCUCCUCUCUGGGCGUACCUGCUGUGUGCAGUGGGUCUCUUUGUGUACCAGUCACUAGACGCCAUCGAUGGCAAGCAGGCCAGGCGAACUAACAGCAGCUCACCACUGGGGGAGCUCUUUGACCAUGGCUGUGACUCCCUCUCCACAGUGUUUGUGGUGUUGGGAACCAGUAUAGCGGUGCAGCUGGGCACCAACCCAGACUGGAUGUUCUUCUGUUGCUUUGCUGGAAUGUUUAUGUUCUACUGCGCUCACUGGCAGACCUACGUGUCGGGAACGCUGCGAUUUGGCAUCAUCGAUGUGACGGAGGUGCAGCUCUUCAUCAUCACCAUGUACCUGCUGGCCGCUGUGGGAGGAUCUUCAUUCUGGCAGUCCCUGAUUCCCAUCCUAAAUAUCCAGAUGAAAAUGGUUCCUGCCAUUUUCACAUUUUUAGGAGCCAUCUUUUCCUGCACCAAUUAUUUCAGAGUUAUCUUCACAGGAGGCGUGGGCAAGAACGGCUCCACAAUAGCAGGAACCAGUGUCCUCUCUCCAGUGCUGCACAUUGGUUCUGUUAUAAUCCUGGCCGUGAUGAUUUACAAAAAGUCUUCUGUCCAGCUGUUCGAGAAACACCCGUGUCUUUAUAUUCUGGCGUUUGGCUUUGUCUCUGCCAAAAUCACCAAUAAAUUAGUUGUAGCACACAUGACAAAAAGUGAGAUGCACCUUCACGAUUUAGCCUUCUUGGGACCAGGACUCCUCUUCCUCAAUCAGUAUUUCAAUAGUUUUAUUGACGAGUACCUGGUGCUGUGGAUCGCACUGGUAAUUUCCUUGUUCGACCUGGUGCGUUACUGCGUCAGCGUCUGCAACCAGAUCGCCAGCCACCUUCACAUCUUUGUCUUCAAAAUCAAGCCUUGUUCUGUCCUCAGCUCGCCUAAGCACUGAGGCCAACGUCGGCCAUUACUGACUCUACUCCUCCGUCCCGUUCCCCGUUAGUCGCUCUCGUCCCUCUUGUUUCCCACGUUGUCACACCCAGGGAGGACACCAUGUAAAGUUUGUGCUUCUGCCAAGUGAAUGUCAGGACAAAUAAUCUAUGUCCUAACCGUACUGGAGUGUUACUGUCAGUGUUUCCGCACAGCAAAGACUUCAGGUGCUACCAUACCAGAGAAACUUCAGUGUUUUAACAGAUUAUCUGCAAGAAGAGGUCACUAUUAACUCUUAUUUGUGUAUUUUUUGUUACAUUUUUGCUAUUGUACAUACCAAGCAAUGAUUCUUUCUUCUUUCUUUAAGCUCACUUUUACACUCUUAGAAAGCAUUUCCUUAUUUCAGCUCUGCAAUUAUUUUAAAUGUGCACAUGCAACAUUCUGGAGAGCACUUGUUAUUUUACACAAUUAACUUCUAAUGUUUGUCAUUUAGUUUGUCUUUUAAAACCACUUAUGGGUGCACAUGUACAACUUUUGGGGAAUAUUAUUUACUGAUUUUCUUUGUAUUUAUUGUUGGUUUGGGUGAUAUUUACCAACAUGGCUGCAGCUUGUGGCUACACUUGUCAUUGUAAGGACACACAGCAGCCAACCUUCUGCUUGCCUACUUCUGGAUGAGGAAGCUUCUGCACAAGCAGUGGGCCAGAUCUUAUUUCGUACUUACAUCACUUAAAUCCCUUUUAUUUGGUCUUUUUCUUGUAAGUUGACUAACAGUAGUUUAACUGGGUAACUGAAACUGAGUACUUGUGGAAAACUAAUUCCAUCCCAUCGGUUUGUAGUUUAAUGUUAGGCUACUUCCUGGUGGCUGGAGCAUCAUCCCUGCUACAUUCCCAUCAAACUUUGUGACAGUGGAGUCAAAACGUUACGAUGAUAGACACUGUCAUCUAAUAUUGUUACAGCGCCCCCCACUAACUGGCAGCCACUCAAGUUUCUUGCUUUUGCUUAUUGUGCCUGUUUCUUUGUUUUGUUUGAGCUGCAGCAUACAGCAUCUAUAAUGUUGAAUGUUGUCAUUGUCUUAAUGUGGCUGUUUCUAAAGACACAUUUCACCCAAAUCUUAAAAAUCAUUUGUCUUCUAAUGCCUUCAGGUGGAAUAUUUAGGGAAUCGUCAUGGCUCUUUGUAGAAUAAAGAUAUACAGUAUGGUCCUGA